AAUCCGCAUCAUCUCAUUCUUCUGAGCAUUUACCAGUUUUCCUGUUGAAAAUGGCACUAAUUGUGUUGCUAGUCUUGUUUCAAUUGGGGAGCUUCGCUAGUGGCGCACCAUUGGCACCAGCGCUCUUUAUUUUCGGAGACUCCCUCGUUGAUGGCGGCAACAACAAUUUCUUGCCAACCCAUGCCCAGGCUAAUUAUAAACCUUAUGGUGCCAAUUUUGCUGCAGGAACUACUGGAAGAUUUACUAAUGGCAAAACUGUGGCUGAUUUUAUAGCUGAAUUUCUUGGGCUGCCAUAUGUUCCUCCAAGUAUGAGCGCAAAAGAUUCGAUCCCGGUUACAGGUUUAAAUUAUGCAUCUGGAUCUUGCGGCAUUCUCACGGAAACAGGAAAACAAUUUGGUAAAUGCUUGAGUUUAGAUGAUCAGAUUGGUUCAUUUGAAGCUGCUGUAAAAACAAAGCUACCAAAACAAUUCAGCAGCAGCAAUGAGCUAUUCAAUUACUUGUCAAAUUCUAUAUAUUUGUUCUCUGUAGGCAGCAACGAUUACAUAGUUAACUACCUUGAUCCCACAUCUGAAUCAAGCAAACAUUAUACUCCCCAACAAUUUGCUCUGCUUCUCACGGAUAAGCUCUCCCAAAGUUUACAGAGACUGUACAAUUUGGGUGCUAGAAAGAUUGUGGUGUUCGAACUUGGCCCAAUUGGAUGCAUGCCAGGACUUGCAAGGAAAAAUGAAGUACAAGUUGAGAAAUGUAUGGAGAAAGCAAACCAACUAGUCUCCUUCUUCAACAAAAAUCUUGGUGCAAUGCUUCAGAGUUUGAGAACCACUCUCCCUGCCUCCAAAUUCGUCAAUGGUUAUGCUUAUUGGUUAAGCUACGACGCUAUCUCAAAUCCUUCCAAAUAUGGUUUAACAGAUUCCAGCAAUCCUUGCUGCACAACCGCCGCCCAUGGCAGCUCUGUGUGCAUUCCGAACCAACCAACGUGCCCUAACCCGGGAAAGUUUUACUUCUUUGAUGCUUAUCAUCCUACUGAAGCUGCAAAUUCUAUCUUAGCAUCUCGUUGCAUCAAUGACAAAUCUGUUUGUUCUCCUCCCUUAAAUGGACUUGUAAAAAUGUAACCUGUAUGAGAACAUAUAUAUAGAAUAAUCAAUAUUCUUAACAUUGAAUUACAAGUAAUCGUCUUGAGAACUCUA